CGGGACUGAGAUACCAGUUGAUUGGAAAUGGCUUCGGUGGUAUCAAUGAAAUCAGCAAUCCUCCUGGCCGUGAUCCUACAGGCAGUGUUUUUUGGAUUCGGCAGACCAGACUCCACAACAAACUCGACUGAAUCCUCCGACUUAAACUUUACCGUGGAGAGCUGUAAUCAAACGUGCAAUCCUUCUCAAAAUCUUACGUGCUCAGGGCAUAACUGUUUCUGCGUACUUCUGAACAACAGCACCCAAGGGAAAUGCUACACCUAUUCAUGGCCCGGAAUGGAUUCCGAAGAGGCGCCUACAAACGAAGAGAUAGAGGCGGCCGCUCCUAGAUUGCAGAAUACAGAUAAAUAAAGUACUUUUGUCAUUCAC